GUAAUACACGAGUUACUUCGAUCGCGAAUUCGUCUCUCUAAUGAUCUAUUGCUAUUAUAUCGAUACUGAUAUUAUAUAAAGUCAAAACAACUUAAUGAUCAACAUGAACGUAAAUUAGUAUUAUUAAUGACAGAUUUACGGUAGAUAAGGCAAUACGUGAUAGCUUUUUAACGCAAUCUUAUUUUUGUCAGUAUUCAACAUGAAGAAUGAUGAAAAAAGUUCCACACAUUUCCAAAUGAAAGAAACGUUGAAUGCAUGAUCUCGUAUUUUUAUUCUUCACCGUUGUAUUUGUAUUCGUAUCUACAUGUGUGUGAGCGCGGGAACACGAUGUUGACAAGAGGCCAAGUUUAUGUUUGUAUAACUAUUAGUAUUGAUAGAACCCUGAUUAUUCUCGGAUGUCUCGCACAACGGGUUGUAAUAUUAAUUAAUCUAUUCUAAAUAAAAUAAGAGUAUUGUUCCACCAGUAUCAGAGCAUUUGACACUAGAAAAAAUGUUGCAAAUGUUUAUACAUAAGAUAUUUUUCAAAAUUGAUGCAGAAUCCAUGCUUAGAUUAAAAGAAUACCUGCUCGCCAACAAUAUUAAUGAUGAAAAUUUCAAUUGUAACGACAAAAACGUUUUAAGACAAAUGCUACGAGCGACAGUGAGAAAAUUUAAAUUCGAGGAUCCAACGAACGACCAAGUGGAGUUGUUUAAAGUUACGAUUCAACGUCACCCGAUUGAUUAUUUGAAGGUCGUUAAUCUGUAUCGUGUGAAUCAUGACUUACUGUCCAUCGCUUGCGUUGAAUAUGUCCUGUAUCCCGAAAAAACUUAUGAACAAUACAAAAGUAUAUAUCGUUGCAACGAUAAAAAAGCGACCGAGGUGUAUAAUAAACUGUGUGAUAAACCAGAAGAUUACAUAGUGAACCGUAACAUUGUUAAAAAGGCUAGAUAUUUUUUUAAUCAUGAAGAGUAUUUGGGAGAAAAUGAACCCUGGGAAAGAAUAAGAUCGUAUUUACGAAGCCUUCGCCUGGAUAGGGACGAGUUGACAUACAUAAAAGACACAUCAAUACAAUUAAUUGAUGGUGUACUAUAAUACUGAAAGCUAUCAACAUUGUUCAACCGUCAGAAAAUUCAAUCAAUCCGAUCGAAGAUCAUUCCCCAACUUUGCCCAAGAACGACCAUCAGCUUCGUCCACCUACUCCAAAUGUCUCAUCGGUCAAUUCUGUUCCUUGACCAAUUGUAUAAAUACAAUAAAACCACGUAUUUAUUCAACGUUACACUGCUGACCAGAUUGUAUUACCGCAAAUAUCCAAUCCGAGCUCCUGACCAGCAAAAAUUAUAGAAGUUCAUGAAGAUUUUACAUACGGUUACAUCUUUUCUAUUUAGAGGAGAAAAUGCUGCAAUUUUAUCGGAAAAAUAUAAUAAAAAAAUUACGAAAAUAGUAUGAAAAAAAUACAGUGACACUAUUUAUUGCAGAAAUUAUGAAACGAUUGUUAUUUAAAUAGAAUUGUUAUUUUUAUCUUAAUAAAGUAAAAUCGUAUUUGGAGUAUGAAAAAAACGCCAAAAAAAGCAA